CCCAUCGCCCAUCCCAUCGCCCAUCCCAUCGCCCAUCCCAUCCACCGCAUACAGCCAGGACUUGUUCUCUUUCUUUGAUCUCCAUCAGGGAGAUCCCCAUCUGCUCACCGAACCACUCUCCAGCCUUUGCAUCUUGCCGUCGCAUCUUGCCGUCGCAUCCUGCCUCGCCUGGCCCGGAUUCGAUACUCGUUGACACAGCCAAGACAAAAACCUGCGCCCCUGCCUCUCGGCUGCCUCCACCCCGCAUCCCACUUCACACCAACUGGGUUUCUGGGCCAAUGGACACUUAUCGAGGCGCCGGCCACCAGAGUCUUUCCGUGACCAAUUUCUUUUGCUCGCACUGCCAGCAGCCCAUCCGCCUGGAUCCGACACUGCUGGACUCGACUGCAAUCGACCAUGUCCGGUUGCAGCUUGCGCACUCGCCGAAUUCAUCGGGCAAGUCCCCGCGGUCAUCGGUGGUGAUGAAGAGCGGCUCACCAGCAAAGGCCGGCUCGCAGAGGUCCGGUACCAACGCUCCCUCGACUGUGGGCCGGGCGGCGGCCCGUAAUGCCCUGCCCGUCUAUGACUCCUUCAUCAUGCUUUCCAAGUCUCAAAUGUCGCCCUACGGCGUCACAGCGACGCCAGAGGUCAUCGUCGACCCAUCCGAACCUGCUGGCUAUCCUGAUGGCAGCGGGUCAGGGGGGCCGAGGCUGAGCCAGACAUCGUCAUCCCAGGGCUCCAUCGCCGCGGGGACCCUGAGCCACCGGCUCAAGAUCGCCAACCGGCUGUUCGACAUCAUGUCUGGUACGUCGGCCGUUGACCAUCCUAUGUGUCUGGAUUGUACCGAGGAGCUGUCGCUAUCGCUGGAACGAAGGCUUUCGGAUGCCAAGAAGGAGCUGGAUUCGUAUCGCACCUACUACGACCAGCUGCGACAGCAGGAUCCCGUUGACAUCCAUAGCUCACAAGACAUUGAAGGACUCCGGCAGCGAGAAAAGAAUGCACUCCGUGUUCUGGACGAUCUGAAGCGGGAGCAGAAUCAACUCAAGGAUGAGCUUGCGGUACUAGAAGCUGAACUCGAUGAGCUGGAUCAAGAAGAGAACCGCUUGGUUCAAGAUGUCGGGAUCCUGGAGGAGGAAGUCUAUCAGCGCAAGGAGGAGGUGGAGAGUCUCGAGCUGAAGCGUGAGCACGCCAAGAAGCAAUUCGAAGUGCUGAAGAAAACGAACGUCUACAACGACACCUUCAGAAUCUGGCACGACGGGCCGUUUGGCACGAUCAACGGAUUUCGUCUCGGGCGGCUGCCUAAUCAACCGAUCGACUGGAGCGAGAUCAAUGCUGGGAUGGGCCAUAUGAUACUACUCCUGGACACUUUGGCGCAGCGGCUUGGCUUCGCAUUCAAAACUUACCGCCUGAUUCCGAUGGGGAGCUUCUCAAGAAUCGAAAAAAUCGACGACAAAAGCAGUCUCGAGCUCUAUGGAACUGCAGAUCUUCACGGCAUGCUUUUCCAGAACCGGCGCUUCGACAACGCCCUGGUGGCUUUCCUGCACUGUCUUCAGCAGCUGGGAGACUAUGCCACAGAGCAAGAUCCUCAGUUCCAUCUCCCGUACCGCAUCAAUAAAGAGCGGGUGGGAGACACAUCCAUCCGUCUUCAGUUUAACCAGGACGAGACUUGGACCAAGGCACUCAAGUACACAUUGAUCAAUGUCAAGUGGCUGCUCGCGUUCUGCUGCACCAAGUCGCGCGGUUCGGCAUGAGUGAAUCGAUUUUACCAUUUGAUGUCCGACGGCUGAUGGCCGAGAUUUGCUCGGCUCGAGGGUGCGUGGAUCGCUGCUCCGUCGCUCCCAGGAAACUGCAUGUUUGUGGGUCCUGAAACACCCCAAGCGCUGCUCAUCCAUGGCACGUCGUUCAUCCAUGGCACGUCGCUCAUCCAUGGCGCAGUGCUCAUCAGUGGCACAGUGUUCAUAUGGCAUAUUGUUCAUUCAUCACCACUUUCGUUGCUGCCUCUGGUUUCCACGAGCGUGCCGCUCUGGUCAGUACGUCCCUGGAUUCCAGUGGUCUGCGCACACCAAAGCACUGAUACCGCUGUGAUGAAUGGGCAAGUGUGUAUUCAGGAGCC